UUUGGCGUCACAUUUCUCGGAUAUUGAAUUCAAGCACGUUUGGCGUGAAGUAAAAACUGAUGCUCUUACAGAUUUGGGUCACAAUACAAAUAUAGCUAGCUGGAAUUAUGGCCUCCCUCUUAUUGUCCUUCAUUCUUUCAAUUUCGAUUUCCAUGAGUCAGGUUGUUUCAGGGGCUUUUGCUUGUCACUUUCUUUUCCUCAUCGAAAAAAAAUAUUAAAAAUUGGCUAAAGUGGACUCGCCAAAUCAACAAUUUACAGAGUAUGAACAAAAUCUCAUGGAGAACAGAGGUUUAGGGUUUUGAAGAAAUGGGUUAGGACUUAGGACUCUCCGAUCAGGGCUUCCUUCAUUAUCCGCCCUCUGGUUCAAUUUCUCGGCCACCGCAAUGGGUCCAGGCUCCCCUAUCGACUUCGACCAAGGAUGGGACGACAUAGAGUGGGCUAUCGUUAAGCUCACCCGAAUCCUCGAAGGGUUGCCGGAGACGCCGUUCGACGCCGAAUACCACAUCUAUGUCUACUCCACCGUCUACAACAUGUGCGACGAUCACUCCCACCAGGUCUACGAGGCUUGUCGCGAGACCAUCGAGGCCUACAACACUGAGAUUGUGUUGCCUAGUUUGGCGGACAAGCACGGCGCGCUUUUGCUCCGGGAGUUGGUCAGAAGGUGGAGGAAUCACAAGGCUCUGAUGCGGUGGCUAUGGCGUUUCUUUAUUGCUCUUGAUCAGUAUUAUGUUGAGAAAGCAAAGGUUCCUGGGAUUAAGCAGGCUGGGAUUAUCGGGUUUCGCGACGAGGUUUAUGAGAAGGUGAGGGUGAAUGUUGGGGGUGCUGUGAUGGGGAUGAUUAAUGAGGAGAGGGAAGGGGGGCAGAUUGACAGGGGACUGUUGAAGGAUGUGGUGGAGAUUUUUGUGAAAUUGGGGAAUGGGGGAUUGGGGGUUUACGAAGCGGAUUUUGAGGAGGAGAUGAUGAGGGAUAGUUGUGAGUACUAUUCUCGGAGAGCGUCGAGUUGGAUUGUGGAGGAUUCAGGGCUGGAAUAUAUGUUUAAGGCAGAGGAAUGCUUGAGGAGGGAGAAGGAGAGAGUUUUGCAUUACCUGCAUUCGAGCAGUGAGGAGAAGUUGUUGGAGAAAGUGCAUUAUGAGCUGGUGGUGGUUUAUGCACACCAACUGCUUGAUAAAGGGGAUUCCGGGUGUGGUGCUUUGCUUCGAGAUAAUAAGGUGGAGGAUCUGGCUAGGAUGUAUAGGCUUUACAGUAGAACACCUAAAGAGUUGGAACUUGUUGUUAAUGUGUUCAGAAGAUAUGUUACUGAUGAAGGUAAAGCGUUUGUGCAACAAGCUGAAGAAGCUGCAAGUAACCAGCAGGCUUCAAAUGCAGAGCAUGGGGUGGUCCUUAUCAGAAAAAUAAUUGAAAUGUAUGACAAGUAUGUGGGAUAUGUCGAUGAUUGCUUCAUGAAAGACGCACUCCUUCAGAAGGCUAUGAGAGAGGCGUUUGAGGUGUUUUGCAACGUACCUGUUUGUGGGAGUCCGAGUGCUGAAUUGCUUGCUGGAUUCUGUGACAGUAUACUUAAGAAGGGUGGCUGUCAGCUUAGUGAUGAGGCCAUAGAUGAAAGUUUUGAGAAGGUUGUUAAGGUGCUUGCUUAUUUUAAUGAGAAAGAUGUUUUUGCUGAGUUCUGCAGGAAAAAAUUGGCUCGCCGGUUGCUCUUUGAUCGGAGUGCCAAUGAUGACCAUGAGAAUAGUUUUCUAACAAAGCUGAAGAAGAACUGUGGUGGACAGUUCACUGCAAAGAUGGAAGGAAUGGUCACAGAUUUAACAUUGGCUAAGGACACUCAGACCAACUUCAAAAAUUUUCUUGGCAGCAAUCCAAAUUUACAACCAGGGAUCGAUUUGACAGUCACUAUUUUGACAACUGGUUACUGGCCAAGUUACAAAUCAUCUGAUCUUAACCUUCCUGAAGAGAUGGUCAAGUGUGUUGAAGUUUUCAAUGAAUUCUUUGACACACAAAAGAGAUUGAGAAAGCUUUCAUGGAUUUACUCCUUGGGUACUUGCAAUGUCAUUGCCAAGUUUGAACCAAAAACCAUGGAAUUGGUUGCGUCAACAUCUCAGGCUGCUCUCCUUCUGCUCUUCAAUUAUGCUGAUAGAUUAAGCUAUUCAGAAAUAUUGAAUCAGUUGAACCUCACCAAUGAGGACUUGGUUAGAUUGCUUCAUUCGUUGUCAUGUGCCAAGUACAAGAUCCUCAUUAAGGAACCAAAUACCAAGACUAUCUCACCAAAUGACGACUUUAUGUUCAACUAUAAGUUCACUGAUAAGAUGAAAAGAAUUGAGAUUCCUCUCCUACCAGUUGAUGAAGGGACGAAGGUGAUUGAGGAAGUUGACAAAGACAGGCGAUAUGCCAUUGAUGCUGCAAUUGUAAGGAUUAUGAAGAGUAGGAAAAUUUUGGGCCAUCAAGAAUUAGUCAUGCAGUCUGUUGAGCAGUUGCAGCGCAUGUUCAAGCCGGACAUUACAGCGAUUAAGAAGCGUAUUGAAGAUCUUAUCACACGUGAAUACCUGGAGAGGGACGAGGAAAACCCUACCAUCUUCAAGUAUCUUGCAUGAUUGCAGUACAGCUGAAGUCUUCAUCUAACUUGGGAUUUAUAUGUUGGAAGUACAGGUAACUGGAACGUGAUCUAUAGUAUGUGCAGAGUAGCUCGGAACACUUGGAUCCUAAAUCGAGUGGAGAAUAUUGUGCAAUUUGUUAUUAGAGCCCCUUUUGUGCAAUUUACCAUUCUUGUCUUGAAAGAACAGGGGCUGGUGUAACACAGAACUGGGUUUUUGAAGCAUGUAAUGAUAGUUCAUUAACAUA